AAACGAAUGGCAUAAAGAUUCGCAACUUCCCCAAAAUUCUGGGAGGCAGAUCUAAAUAUCUUCCACCAUUGAACCUGGAACUUCGAUCAGAAAGAUACUUCAUCGUAAUCAAUAUGGGUGGUCAUACUGCAUUCUUCUAUGGCACACUGAUGGCGCGCGAAAUUCUCUUCCGUGUCUGCUACGGUACAAGCAAUAUUCAAGAUAAUCCCAUCCUGAAGAAGCGUGCUGCCGCACUCUCCAUUCGACCCGCCCUCCUUCACGACUAUUCACGCCGCAAGGUUCAGUAUGCGGAUUAUCCUGCCAUCAUUUCUCAAAAGGGACAUAGCGUCCGAGGCACUUACGUUACUGGGUUGACGGACUCUGAUAUUGCUCAUCUUGACAUGUUCGAGGGCAGCGAAUACGCCAGAAAAAAAGUCAAGGUUGUGAUUCUGGAGGAUGGUCAUGAGAAGGGAGAGUCUGUGGAAGCACAAUCCUAUAUCUGGUCGGCAUCUGUUGAUAGACUGGAGGAACAAGAAUGGGAUUAUGAGGAGUUCCGAAAGGAGAAAAUGCAUUUCUGGACUGAUGCCAGUGAGGAGUUUGCGGACUUAGACCAUGGUGACGACCACUACGCAAAUGGAGACCACGGCUUCAUUGUUGAGCUGGAUGAUGACACGGAAAAGGAUAUGCUUCACGCUGCUGCUUGAAGCAAUUGAUUUGGGCGUAUUCUCUGGUUAUUGCAUGGCGCAUGGGAAGAAACAUGAAUAGCAAUAGAUACAGGCGCCUUUAGAAUCAGAAACGUGACCUUGGCGAUGGCCUU